UAGUUUAGCUGUAGGCUUCUAUACGCAUUCUAGAAUGACAUUUACAGGCAAUACAAAACCCGAUAAGAUGCAAUACACACUUCUUGAGCACUUCUUGGUUGAUCUAGGGCUCUAUUUAGCCCUUGACUCCCAGUUGCAUUAUAUUACACUAGUCAUUGGACAAAGGCGUAUUUUAAGAUUUAAGAGCCCAGAUGCCUGGUCUGAACAUUAACACGCAUCACAUGUGGUACAGUUUUGGAAGCAUAAGGACAUUAUCUUUAUCAGCUAGAAAACAAAAAGUUGAAUUGAUACAAAUGUAUGGGGUUAGUGUCCUCCCACGGGCAUAUCGCCAUGUUACAGCACUUUAACGGAGAACGGCGCUAAUUAGCUGUCUAGCCUACUCUGGAAGUGCAGUUUCGUUGGAUGGAGGCACCCAUAGCUGUAUGUAUCUAUUCAAAUCUGCUACAGUAAGUGUGUAUUUUAUUUUAUUUGAAGUAUUCUUUCUCGCUAUAAGGGCCAUAUGUUUCGAAAGCUGUAUUACAAGGGAGACAAGACAAUGGUCUCAGACUAGGCGUAACGUAGUAAACGUAAAUCGGGAAAAGGCAGAACGCCGCCUAGAGUUUGAGAGCUAGGGCUCUAUUCAACCUGUAGCGCCGAAGAUCCGCUUUAUAGCGAGAUUGAAAAUGAAUAGCAAUGUUCCCAUUGUCACGGAGACGGCAUUCACGGGUAAACACAACAUAUGUAGGCUCAAUCGGAAACUACCUUUAAUUGUUAACGCAGGUGUUUCGAUACUUGGGCGAUAAGAUUUUAAUCCAGCCCUUAAGGCUCUAUUCAAUCAUAUCUGCUUUAGACGAUAUCCGCAUAGUGGUUAUGUUGGAGGUGGAGCUGUCAAUCAACAAGUGGCUGUUGGCAUUGUAUCUAAAGUGGACAAUGCUAAUUGGCUGCACAGUUGCAUUAGGAGAAAGUCCAUAUAGAGAGAGGACUCAUCUUUGUAUCUGUGCCAAUAUAGCCUCAAUACUGUCAGACACUAUAUCCAUUUGAAGUAGUCAAUUUUCUUCUUCACAACAGGCUGAUCCCCCUUGAUCACAAGGAGGGAUUCAGCCAAUGAAGUUAAUUUUAGUCACAUCAACUUUUUAUUGCCCAAUUAACCUAUAGUCACUCUGCCAUCAACCAAAUGUUUUCAGGGAUACCGCUAAUUCAACCUAGCCCAAUUUACCUUUCCCCUGAAAACCUCACUGUCCAACAGGCAGCUUUCUAAUACACAGUAACUCCUCACUGUCCAACAGGCAGCUUUCUAAUACACAGUAACUCCUCACUGUCCAACAGGCAGCUUUCAAAUACACAGUAACUCCUCACUGUCCAACAGGCAGCUUUCUAAUACACAGUAACUCCUCACUGUCCAACAGGCAGCUUUCCAAUACACAGUAACUCCUCACUGUCCAACAGGCAGCUUUCAAAUACACAGUAACUCCUCACUGUCCAACAGGCAGCUUUCUAAUACACAGUAACUCCUCACUGUCCAACAGGCAGCUUUCAAAUACACAGUAACUCCUCACUGUCCAACAGGCAGCUUUCUAAUACACAGUAAUUCCUCACUGUCCAACAGGCAGCUUUCAAAUACACAGUUACCCCUCACUGUCCAACAGGCAAUAAGAUAGUCAUAGGCCUAUCAUAGGUCAUACUGGUUACUUCCAUGGUCACAUGUUUGAGGUGACUGGUAACACUCAUAGAGCAACAAUAUGAAAAGCUAAACAAGGUAUACUUUACAUUCAUUGCAUUCAUAAUCUUUUUAUUUACAAUAACUUUCUAUUUAAAUAAAUAAAGAGUAUUGUCUAUUUCUAGACAAUCAAAGGAACCAUGAAUCUUGGGGGUGACAGAAUUGUAACAGUGACACAGGCCUACAGUACAACAAGACCGGGCUACAGAGAUGGGCUCCUGGAUCACCUCAAGGUCACCCUUGAUCGAGCACCGCAUAUGUGGAAGCUGUGCAUCCCAGGACCCCUGUCAGCCCAGUGUGAGAGGCCUGACCUAUGCAUCCCAGGACCCCUGUCAGCCCAGUGUGAGAGGCCUGACCUAUGCAUCCCAGGACCCCUGUCGGCCCAGUGUGAGAGGCCUGACAUAUGCAUCCCAGGACCCCUGUCAGCCCAGUGUGAGAGGCCUGACCUGUGCAUCCCAGGACCCCUGUCAGCCCAGUGUGAGAGGCCUGACCUAUGCAUCCCAGGACCCCUGUCGGCCCAGUGUGAGAGGCCUGACAUAUGUAUCCCAGGACCCCUGUCGGCCCAGUGUGAGAGGCCUGACCUAUGCAUCCCAGGACCCCUGUCGGCCCAGUGUGAGAGGCCUGACAAGGAGGCGGGCAUAGCUAUUUGUCUCCCACGUCAAUCUUGAGGGUGACUGAAGUGGGGUAUGCGGGUCCCCAUCAAUCUCCGUAGGUGGUUGAGUUUUCUAAAGUCAAAGUAAAUCACGUUUACGUGAUGACAUCACACUUUGUAUUGUUUCUUCAAGCAUUCGGACAGGAGUGCAGCGUUACAAAUUGUAUGAGUCAAAGGGUCCUGCACACUGUUGGGUGGCCGGGUGCCCAUAUAAGGCAUAUGGCUCUAAUAUAUUUCUUAAAUGUCAAAUGAUGUCUCAUCAUUAUUUCUCAUCAUCAUUUAUGUUGAUCAGUAUUUCGGUUGUGCUGGCCUAAUCUGUAAAUGAUCAAAUACAUGUCUGAUCAGUAUUUCGGUUGUGCUGGCCUAAUCUGUAAAUGAUCAAAUACAUGUCUGAUCAGUAUUUCGGUUGUGCUGGCCUAAUCUGUAAAUGAUCAAAUACAUGUCUGAUCAGUAUUUCGGUUGUGCUGGCCUAAUCUGUAAAUGAUCAAAUACAUGUCUGAUCAGUA